AUGAGGGACAUAGGUUGCCAUGUCAUACAAGCUGAAGGAGAUGCAGAUGUAGAAAUCGUUAAAGCUGCAGUAGCGACGUCGUCCUACAAAACAACAUGUCUCAUAGGCGAAGAUACGGAUCUGCUAGUGUUGUUGCUUCAUCAUGCAUCGAGCAAUGGUGAAAAGAUCUACUUCCGCUCGGAUAAAGGGAGCCCUACGACAGUGUUAGACAUAAAGGUCAUAAAGCAGGUGCUUGGGAAUGAUAUCUGUUUUAAUCUGUUGUUUCUUCAUGCUUUCACGGGGUGUGACACCACGUCACGGAUUUUUGGAAUCGGAAAAGAGUCUGUCUUACAAAAGUUUAUUAUAAAUAAAGCGACCCUAAACAGCUGCGCUAAAGUCUUUUCUUCACCAAACCAAGACGCGGUAUUAUUGUAGAGUCUGGUUGUACAGCGAUGGAUGCAUUGUUCAAUGGGAAACCCAGAAGAAGUCUGUCUGCAAUCAGAUACUCCACCCUUUACAAAAAAGUAAGUGCAGUCAAAAACCUCGUCGCACCUGAACGACUCCCACCAACAGCAUCUGCGACGAAACAUCACGCUCUGAGGUGCUAUCUCCAGCUAAUGCAAUGGAUGGGCAUGAAUGAGACUCUAGACCCAAGAGAGUGGGGAUGGGACAAAAACAGCAACAUCCUAGUUCCAGUAUGAUGGACACUGCACCUGCACCAGAAGCACUUCUGAAAAUGAUUCACUGCAACUGUUUUGGUUCAUGUAGCACACUUCGCUGUACAUGCAGAAAACACGGAUUAAAUUGUUCACGUGCAUGCGGAUCAUGUCAAGAUGGACAAUGUGAAUUAUCACAUAUUAAUGUGCGAGGAAGCAGUUUCUGAUGAUGAAGAACAGUGAAAUUUGAAUGCUGAACUUUACCAUAUGAACCUUUAAAGAUGUAUGUGAAACUCUCCAGGCCAUAUUCAAUAAUUUUAAAAAAGAUUAUUUUAGAUCAUUUUGUCACUGAUGACGUCAUCAACUGACGUGACAUAUUCAUCUCUGGGGCUUAGAACAUUCUUAAUAUUAUGAUAGUAAGGUCAAAUAGACAAUUUGUAUAUGUUAAUAAACCAUUACAAUUACAAUUUAUAUUUUACAGCUUCUCUAAAAGUUUAUAUUUGGCACAUUUUGGUCAUUGGCGGCCAUCUUUUUACGACGUCACAAGUAGACGUUUCCACCUGACCAAUUUUAGUAAACUUUUAGUAUGUUAUUCCCCAUGUUUGAAACUACAUAAAAACGUUGUAAAACAAUUUAUUGCAAUUUUUUUAGGGUUAUCCCCUAUAUUGACUUGACUACUGAUCUGAAAAUGACGACAUACGUGCUAUGGUGCGGUAGAUAAGAAUACAAGUCGUAAACCGCAAGCAAAUUGUAUGGAUUUUUGUUAAAAAAUAAAAGACCUUUUCGGGAGAACAAUAUAUAGUGCAAAUCUAUAACUAGGAGUUACUAUCGCAAGGAAAGUGCUGCCUUUUUGCCACAUGAACUGAAUGCAAAAGUUUGUAUUACUAGACAAUUCUCUAAAGGGAAGUUUACCUUUGACCCAAUGGGCUCAUUUCCACGAUUCAUCAUUGGUAGCAUGGCAAGCCUGCACAUGAAGGUUAUAUCCCCUAUGUUUCAUGCACAAAUUUGUUUCUUGUUCAUCAUUUAAGCCCAGUCGCAAGCUUAUUCUUAAAUUGUGUGCACGGAAUAGGAGUAAACAAGACGCCUGCUCAGGCGUUCACAUUGGCCUGAAAAUGUAGUAGAGAAGUAGAUAGGGAUACAGGAGGUCUGGAUAAUUUAAAUACAACAAAUAAAUACAAUCAUGAUUAGCAACUAUCAACCAUAAUGUACCAAGACCCUGGCUCAAUCGUACCCUCCAGCUACGGGCAACUCAACCUGACAAGACAAGCCCACUGUCACUAUGAUGUCAACCGUAAAUAACGAUGGGCCGAUAAUAGCGAAGAAAUUAUAUAGUCCUUGGUUUUUAGUGCCCCUAUAUGGCUAGUUUCAGGUGCUAAAAAGUUUAUAGACAUGCAUAAACGAUUCUUCAAAAAAAAUACGCCAAUUUGCUUCCAUUUAUAAGAUAAACUGAUCCCAAGCAAAAGCCCUUCCCUAACCCCAACCCCAAACCCAAACCCAAACCCAAACCCAAACCCAACCAGUAAACAUCUAAUACACACUUUGAGAAUUAAAAAAGUGAAUACAGUCGCUGAAUACAAUUAAAAAAAAAUACAUUUUUAUAGUAAUAUAUGAUGAAAUGGAAAGUAAUUUGGCGUAAAUUAAUGUAAUUAAUGCAGAUGUCUUCUUCUUCAAUCAGGUUUACCCAAAACUCUCUGGCCCUAUGCAAUUCAAACCGCAGCUCACAUUAGAAAUAGAUGUUUUAAUAAGUGAACAAAGACAACACCCUACUUUAGCCUUACUGGGAAAGUACCUGAUCUUUCUAGAAUGUGGAUCUUUGGAUCUGAAUGUUUUGCUUACGAAUAGGAGCAUAAGAAAUUAGACUCAAGAUGCAGCAAGGGGGUAUAUGUAGGAUACGACAAAAAUAGCCCUUCGUACCUAAUGUACUACCCACAAAAUGGGAAAAUCAUGAAACAUCGACUCAUUAGAUUCAUCAAGAAAGGUAGUGUAGAACAGCACAUACAAACUGAUGAGUCCAGCAGGGACUGUGAUGUACAUGAGAAAUCUGACCAUGAUACUAGAUCAGACUUAGAUAGUAUGAGCCUCCCUGUUUUAAGUGCAAUGCCGGCAAAUACAGUACCUAAUGAGGAGCCUAGGGAUAGUGAGGGAAGGCAUUGCAACCAUACUGAGAAUGACAGUGAGACCAAACGGUAUCCCCAAAGAGAAAGGAACCCUCCCAUAUACUUAGAAGAGGACACCCUUCUCCCUAAGAAUGCAGAUUAUGCCCACAUUAGUGUAGAUUAA